ACAACCGCCUUAAAACAAAUCACGAAGAAGAGGACGGGAUGGAGUCUCGUUGACAAACACGGCGUCAAAGAGCGUUCAACUUUUCAGAUUGGAGUAGGCAGGAGACUGACUAGACGACAACAUCCAGCGGCCGGCUCGGGUGGCAGCAUGGCGGAAACCAUCAUCAUCCGGGUUCAGUCUCCAGAUGGGAUGAGGAAAAUCGCUUCCACCAAGCGGGAGACUGCCGCGGCCUUUUUCAACAAGGUGGCCAAAGAGUUUGGCUUCAACUCCAACGGCUUUGCCGUUUACCUGAACCGCAACAAAACUGGAGAGAUCCUCCCCCAGAACAAAAGCCUCAGCCUGCUGAAGAUCAAGCACGGCGACAUGCUCUUCUUGUUCCCCUCGGGCUCGCCGGCCGAGGUGAUGGACACGGCCGCCCCGCACUCGUCCUCGUCGUUCCCUUCCUCGUCCUUUCCGACGCCCCGCCCCCAGUCGGCGCCGCCAGUCCAGGAGGACGACAUCGACCGCUUCCUGACCAAGCAGGACGGCAAGAUCUACAGGAGCCGAGACGCGCAGCUAUGUCGCCACGGCGCCCUGGGCAAGUGCGUGCACUGCGUACCCUUGGAGCCUUUUGACGAGGACUACCUGAACCACCUGGACCCGCCCGUCAAGCACAUGUCGUUCCACGCGUACCUGCGAAAGCUGACCGGAGGCGCCGACAAGGGCAAGUUUGCCGCCCUGGAGAACAUCAGCUGUAAGAUCAAGUCGGGCUGCGAAGGCCACGCCCCCUGGCCGGAGGGCAUCUGCACCAAGUGCCAGCCCAGCGCCAUCACACUCAACAGACAGAAAUACCGCCACGUGGACAACAUCAUGUUUGAGAACCACACCAUCGCCGACCGCUUCCUGGACUUCUGGCGGAAGACGGGCAGCCAGAGGAUGGGCUACCUGUACGGCAGGUACACGGAGCACAAAGACAUCCCGCUGGGCAUCCGGGCCGAGGUGGCCGCCAUCUACGAGCCUCCGCAGAGCGCCACCGCCAACAGUCUGCAGCUGCUGGAUGACCCGCGGGCCGCCGCCGUGGACGAGAUCGCCGCCAAGCUGGGCCUGCGCAAGGUGGGCUGGAUUUUCUCGGACCUGCUCUCUGAGGACACCAGGAUCGGGACGGUCCGCUUCACCAGAAACCAGGACUCUCACUUCCUGAGCGCGGAGGAGUGCAUCACGGCGGGCUUCUUCCAAAACCAACAUUCCAACCCCUGCAAACUCUCUCGGGACGGACACUUUGGCUCCAAGUUUGUGACGGUGGUGGCCACAGGCGGUCCGGACAACCAGGUGCACUUUGAGGGCUACCAGGUGUCCAAUCAGUGCAUGGCCCUGGUGAGGGACGAGUGCCUGCUGCCCUGCAAGGACGCCUCCGAGCUGGGCUACGCCAAAGAGUCCAGUCCCGAGCAAUACGUGCCGGACGUCUUCUUCAAGGACAAAGACAAGUUUGGAAACGACGUCACCUUCCUGGCGCGGCCUCUUCCCGUCGAGUAUCUCCUCAUUGACAUCACCACAACGUUCCCCAAGGACCCCCAGUUCACCUUCAGCUCCACUCAGCGCUUCCCCAUCGAGAACCGAGAAAUGCUCGGAGAAACGCAGAACUUCCACAGCCUGGCCACCUAUUUGUCUCAGUGCACCUCCGCAUCCUUCCUGGACACGGUGUCUGACUUUCAUCUGCUCCUCUUCCUGGUCACCAACGAAGUCAUGCCUCUGAGGGACAGCAUCGGCCUGCUACUGGACGCCGUCAAGACGUGCGACCGGGACCUCGCCGAGACCUGGAAGAAGUCAGAGCAGUGGGCCACCAUCGAGCAGCUGUGCGGCACGGUGGGGGGGCAGCCGUCGGCGUCGGUGGGGUUCGAGAACACGGGCGACCCGUCGGCCCCCCCGUCCUCCUCCGCCAUGUGGUCGUGUGCGCACUGCACCUUCAUGAACCAGCCCGGCACCGAGCACUGUGAAAUGUGCAGGCUGCCCCGCACUUAGAAGCGCGCCUGCCCGCCCGCCCGACGGCCCCCCCCCCGCCGCCCUCUCGGGCCCUUCUGCCGGCAGCAUUGAGCGCUUCCCGCUGGGAUGGCUUGGGCCGCAAAUGCGUACUGCAGCCCGUUUUGGCUCAACUGCGGCUCGGCCGCCGCUUCCUCGAUUGGCCUUUUUGUUGUUUAGGUUGCCGUGACUAUGGAAUCUGAAAGGCUGCAAGGAUUGGUUCUGGUGGCUUGAGAUGCAGGUUGAAGUCCUUCCGUCAUCUCCAAUCAGUCAAACGAAUGGAAAUGGCGCUCAUCUGUUCCAAACAUAUAAUUGUUUCUUUUCCCCAACUGAUCUCAUUUUUGCCAGUUCUGCUAUUUGGAAAAAAAAUAAAAUGACGAUAACCAA